AAAGACAACAUGGACAAAUCUUCAGCAGCUCUGACUUGGAGACUCUUCUUGUUUCUUGGGAAGAUGAAGCUGCUCCUGCUCCUGUUGGCCUUCUUUCUGCUCCCCAGAGCAGAGGCAGGAGAGAUCAUCGGGGGACAUGAAGCCAAACCCCACUCCCACCCCUACAUGGCUUACCUUAGGAUCAGGCGUGAGAAAUCUAGGAAAGUUUGUGGUGGCUUCCUGAUUCAAGAGGACUUUGUGCUGACAGCUGCUCACUGUUUAAAGGGCCAAAUAAAGGUCACCUUGGGGGCCCACAACAUCAAGGAACAAGAGGACACCCAGCAGGUCUUCCGUGUACAAAAGGCAUUUCCCCACCAAGACUUUAAUUGGGAAAAACGCAUCAACGACAUCAUGCUACUGAAGCUGAAGAAAAAGGCCAAGCUGACUAAUGCUGUGCAGCUCCUCAACCUGCCCAAGGGGAUGACCCAGGGUGACUCCGGAGGCCCCCUGGUGUGUAAUAAUAUGGCACAGGGCAUUGUCUCCUAUGCAGGAAAGAAUAGAACAACACCAAUUAUCUUCACCAAAGUCUCAUGGUUUCUAAGCUGGAUUAAAAAAACCAUGAAACAGAGCUGA